GGUAAUUGUGUCGCAAACAAUCCAUCUUAGCGACGGAGUGGGACUCCCACUUACACCAAACCCACGAAACAACUACGACAUUACCCCUCCCUCCUCUCAACAAGCUUUGCCAGGAGAUGUUUUCAAUGCCAUUACUUAGGCCGGCCUCUCGAAAACAGCUUCUUUGCCAGCUCCGUUCCUUCACCUGCUCUGCUCUGCGCAGCGCUUCUCACGCAGCAUCAUCGUAUUCCUCAACCGUAAGACGCUUAUCGUCCUCCAGACAAAGUGACACAAUGGUCUCCGAUUAUUCCAAGGUUGAGACACCUGCUAGGUGCUAUGUUGACUUUUGUCUCGUUCCUGUUGGCACCGGUCACCCCUCGGUCGCGAAGGAAGUGGCCGAGGUGCAAAAGCUGCUCAAGGCCAGCGGACUCAGCUACACCAUGCACUCGGCCGGGACAACGGUUGAAGGCAGUUGGGACGACGUGAUGAAAGUCAUCGGACAAGCCCACACAGUGGUUCACAAGACGGGCGCCGUGCGAGUGCAGACGUCGAUGCGGGCUGGCACUCGGACCGACAAGGCCCAGACGGCAGAACAGAAGGUGAAGCGCGUCGAGGAGAUUCUGGCCAAGGACGGACAGUGAAUCGGUCGUUGAAUGGAGCGAAGUCACCAAGAGGUUACC